AUGGCGAUGUCGCGCGAAAGCACCAAAGUGAUUGUUGUUGGUGGCGGCGGCACCAUGGGCUCGUCGACCGCGCUGCAUCUGAUCCGAUCGGGCUACACCCCGUCCAACAUCACCGUCCUCGACGUCUACCCUAUUCCAUCCGCCCAGUCGGCGGGCUACGACCUCAACAAGAUCAUGGGCGUUCGAUUGCGCAACAAGGCCGACUUGCAAUUGUCGCUCGAGGCACGCGAUAUGUGGCAGAAUGAUUCCUUGUUCAAACCAUUCUUUCACAAUGUUGGCAUGAUCGAUUGUUCUUCGUCCGAGGAGGGCAUUGCGGGUCUUCGCCGGAAGUAUCAAUCUCUUAUUGACGCGGGGGUGGGUCUUGAAAAGACGAAUUUCUUCCUUGAGAACGAGGAGCAGCUUCUGGAGAAGGUACCGCAGUUUACGAAGGAACAAAUCAAGGGCUGGAAAGGCGUACUAAGCGUAGAUGGGGGCUGGCUGGCUGCAGCCAAGGCCAUCAAUGCUAUCGGCCACUUUCUGAAAGACCAGGGCGUCAAAUUUGGGUUUGGCAGUGCUGGAACAUUCAAACAGCCUCUCUUCGCUGCAGAUGGAAUUACAUGCACUGGCGUGGAGACAAUUGACGGAACAAAAUACUACGCGGACAAAGUCGUCCUCGCUGCUGGUGCCUGGAGUUCUACCCUGGUAGAUCUCGAGGACCAGUGUGUUUCAAAGGCCUGGGUCUUUGCCCAUAUUCAACUUACACCCGAGGAAUCAGCCCAGUAUAAGAAGAUGCCUGUUGUAUAUGACGGGGAUUAUGGCUUUUUCUUUGAACCGAAUGAAUACGGUGUUAUCAAAGUCUGUGACGAAUUCCCGGGUUUCUCUCGCUUCAAAGAACAUCAACCUUACGGCGCCUCAUCUCCAAAAUGUAUCUCCGUUCCCCGAUCCCACGCAAAGCAUCCGACAGACACCUAUCCCGAUGCUUCUGAAGUAACCAUCCGCAAGGCCAUUGCGCGAUUUAUGCCGCAAUUCACGCACAAGGAACUCUUUAAUCGUAGUAUGUGCUGGUGCACGGAUACCGCCGACGCCAACUUGCUCAUCUGCGAGCAUCCGAAGUGGAAGAACUUUAUCUUGGCUACUGGAGAUAGCGGUCAUUCUUUUAAAUUGCUGCCCAAUAUCGGCAAGCAUGUUGUCGAGUUGAUUGAAGGUUCGCUCUCUCCGGAACUGGCUGAUUCGUGGAGGUGGAGACCUGGUGGUGAUGCUCUGAAAUCUAGACGGGGUACCCCGGCUAAGGAUCUUGCUGAUAUGCCAGGUUGGAAGCAUGAUGCGAAGCUGUAA